AUGAAACAAACAGCAAUCUUCAAUUUUUCGGGGUUUGUGGCUUUUGCGCAAAAAAAACCGCGAAAAAACAAAAAAAAACAAAAAAAUUUGAAUUGUUGGCUAAACAACAGGCAGAACGGUGUUGCGGAGUAUCGUUGUUUUACUUUUAUUUUUUCGCGUUUUUUCGGGAAAAGUUGCGAAAUUUGAUGUUUUUUUUUUGUGUUUCGCUUUUCAAAACAGAAAUAUUUCCAGACCAAUGGCAGAAUUGGAAUUUUCACCAGAUAAUAGUGUGGCAAACCUGCCGAUCACUGCAAUGUGCAUAGUUGCCGAUAAAAAUAAGGCGCCUCGCGGUUUUGUGCCAAUUAUUAAAUGUCAAGAUGAUCAAAGUGAUGCGGAUUUGUGGCGCGACGGCUUCUUCACCAUCAAUCGACAAGUUCGUUAUAUUUGUGUGAGCACCGAGAUUCCGGAGUCGACUAUUCGGACACCGGUACAAGUGGUGACGAAUUUGAUAAUUGUACGGGAGAAUGAUCCGAUUCCGCAUGGCUACGUGGCAAUCGAUUAUACGGCGGAUAGCAGGGAGAAGUCGUUGCGCAAGAAAUUCAUUUGUAUUCGGACAGAGCCGCGAGAUCGAGUGGUGGAUGCGAUUGGUGAGGUUGUGGUGUUGGGAAAGACGAAAAAGGUGCCGAGAAAUUAUACAUCUGCUGGGUAAGCUAUUGAAAAACAUAGAUCUUUUUUAAAAAUCUGAAAUUGACGCGCAAAUGCAGAAUUUUUCAAAAAUUCUGCAUUUUCGCGUCACUUUCAGUGUUUUUUAUCGAAAAAUCCUAGAAAUCUGUACUUUUACGUCAAUUCCGGUGUUUUCUAACGAAACAAUGUGGAUAAACACGGGAUUUUGUGUGAAAAUCGAGAAUUUCCGUGAAGAACACUGAAAAUGACGCGCAAAUGCAGAAUUUCCGUGAAGAACACUGAAAAUGACGCGAAAAUGCAGCAUUUGUCGAUAGUGAUAAGAACAUCUGCAUUUUUUCGUCAAGUUCAGUGUUUUCUAACGAAAAAAAAAGAUUAACACGGAAUUUUUGUGUGAAAAACACUGCAGAAUUUCUGGUCAAUUAUUUUUCGCAUGAGUAUAUUUUUCGCAAGAGUCAUUUUUCGUAUGGAUUUUUUCGCAUGAGUAUUCAAUUUUUUUGAAGUUUUGAUUUUUUUAAUUCAAAAUUGCACCCUUCUGGGCUUUCAACUAAGCCUAAGCCUAAUAUAAGACUAAUAAAGCCCAAAAAUUGAGGUUUUAGCUAUUAUUUCAUUCAAGGCUUAGGCUUAGUAAACGCCCAGAAAAACUAAAAACUCACGCGAAAAUGCAGAAUUUCCUAUAGUGAUAGGAAAAUCUGCGUUUUUCGUCAUUUUCGAUGUUUUCUAACGAAAAAAUGUGGCUGAACUCAUGCGAAAAUUUCCAUGCGAAAAAUAAUUGACCGAAUAUCUGUUAAUACACUAAAAAUUACGCGAAAAUGCAGAAUUUCCGAUACUGAUAGGAAAAUCUGCAUUUUCACGUCAAGUUCAAUGUUUUCUGAAUCAGAAAUGCAGAUAAACACGGAGUUUUGUGUGAAAAAUACUGAAAAUAACGGGAAAAUGCAGAAUUUAGGCCUUUUUUUACCUAAAAACCUGUAUUUUCUCUUUUCAGCGAAGUCGAUUCACUUUUGAUCUGCUACAAAGUCAUUCCAAUUCCCCAAACCUAUGGAAUUCAAAUGAGCAACAGUGCGACGGAUUUGCCCAGCACCACCACCAGCUCGACCCCAAAUCCAUCAAAACCUAUCGGACUCUAUCCAGGCCUAUCGCCAAAUUCCACGUCACAACCCGAUUUAUCGAACACCAGCGCGUUUACAAUGAGGGUAGGUCGAUUUUUCGCGUCAGAAAAUUCUAGAAAAUAUUGAUUUUUUGCAGAACUCUGGAAUGCCACGUGUCAAAGCGAUCGAUGGAAUCGAUUUCAAAGUCAACCCGAGUUUUGUGGCGAAUUCCACGAAUUCGUCGGAAAAUCUACCAGAUUUAUCACAACUUCAACCCAAAAAUGACUAUGAUUAUAGUUUUUUGACUGAAAAUGCGGUGCUUUCCGCUUGA